UCACUAGUAGUAGUACUAGUAGUAUUUCGCCUAAUCUUGAUGUCCAUGAAAUCACAUCCCCACAACUCAAAUUCUUGGCGAUAGUUUAGUUCGUUCUCUUUCAUCGAGACUGUCUUAGUACAGUAGUAUUCUACCUGGCCGUGUUGGCACCACCAUGUUGGAGAGAUAACGAUGUCGCAAGUUCUCACUGCUUCUGUCCGAGCUGUGGCUAGAACGCGAGCCUUACCACGGAAAGCUGCACUUGUAUUGACUCAAACUGCCGUUGGAAAAGUCAAAGAACUCAUCUCUCAGCGCCCGAACGCUGAGGCACUUCGGGUUGGUGUCCGCAGUCGAGGUUGCUCUGGACUUACAUACACUCUAGACUUUACCAAUGAAAAGAAGAAGUUUGAUGAGACGGUGACACAAGAUGGUGUAACCAUCUUCAUUGACAUGAAAGCCCAGAUGACUCUCCUCGGCACAGAGAUGGACUACGUGGAAGACAAGCUGUCCAGUGAGUUCGUCUUCAAUAACCCCAAUGUGACGGGCACGUGUGGCUGUGGCCAGAGUUUUAUGGUCUCAUCAGCAUCCGAGUAGGGAAGAAGUCUGCCGCAUGGCUCACGAAACACGUAUUUAAUUCUUUGAUAUAUUUCUCCUCGUUGCUGAUGUCUUGAUGCAUGAAGGAAGUGUGUUGAGUCCAUUCGCUCGAAGUACAGUUUGUAUAUUACUACCAUCCUACUUCAAAUUAGUUUCCUACAUGAUUGUAUACCUAUUCGUAUUGUGUCCAUGAGUAUGAGACCAAUGCGGUACAUGUACAUGUAACGGGACACCUUUUUUUACACAACACACAUGACCAAUAUAAGCUCAUGUCAUGGCAUUCGGUCAUAAGCCUAAGGCACGAAGGUCCGAAAACCAUGCAAAUAUUUAACUGCACCAAGUGAUGGCUCUCGUCUUGAAAAUAUCUUUUGCUCUUUCCCACCCUACCGCUUCUUCUCCACUUUUACAAGCCGGGGUCUCCAUUACUAGCACAAUCUCUAUCGACCAGGACAUAAUGUGAAUCCAGAAUAUUUCGUGUGCUUUGUAAUUCCGUAUAUUUCAUAUGGUUGCUUACCAUAUGAAAAAUAAAGACGAAGAAGAAACCAGUGGAUAGUGUCACUGAUACUGACGAGGCUUAUUCUCUCGGUGUAAAGUGAAUAUUUUUUGCUUGAGUUAUGAUUGUUUCUGGAGGUUCAACGUACGAAAUUUUUCGCAUACGAAUAUUUCUGGGUUUACAGUAUACUAGUACUUAUCAUCACAGACAUCUCCCACACCAUUACACUCUUAUUUUUUAUAACCUGACAGCAUCAUCGCCGUAGUAACAGUGUGUCUAGGACACUUUGAAGUA